CUGCGGCCUCAGACCCCGCCGCGCCCGGUUCACCCGGAGCCAACCCAGGUAGCGGUCAUUGAAGAGCCCGGGUUGAGGGCCUUCCAGACCUGGGCUUGCGCCGCUGGGCUGGCCGUAGGGCGGGUCGAGCUCGUGGCUCUGUGAGGCCCGUGGGAGCAGCAGCCCGAGCGGCGAGCGCGGCCGGCGGACAGGCAGUGCGCGGGGCAGCCCUCGGCGGGUGGCUAUGGCGGCGGCGCUCGGGGCGCGUGGCGCGACGCGGCGCUUGUUGGCGGCACUACGGGGCCGAAGGCCGAGCCUCGCGGCCAUGUCGACCGAUGCCCGGGGACUGACAGCAGAAGAGCGGAGACAGGCCGUGCUUGACCUCAAAGCGGCAGGAUGGGCAGAGUUAAGUGAGAGAGACGCCAUCUACAAAGAGUUUUCCUUCAAAAGUUUUAACCAGGAUCCUGCUUUCCUGUUCCAUGUGGGGCUGCACUCGGAGCCCGGGCUGGGUUGGCAUCCCCUUGUCUUCAGUCCGACGCAGGGUCUCUGUCAUUUCUUACUUCUGCUGAGCAGAGCAGGGGCAUUUGGCUUCAUGACCCGCGUUGCCCUGCAAGCAGAGAAGAUGAACCAUCACCCGGAGUGGUUCAACAUGUACAACAAGGUCCAGAUAACGCUCACCUCGCAUGACUGCGGCGGACUUACCCAGAGAGAUGUGAAGCUGGCCAAGUUCAUCGACAAAGCAGCCACUUCUGCCUCUGUGUGAUUCCUUCCAGAAUGCAUGUAAAGUCUUAGGCAUAUGUUAGCUGCCGUGUAGUUGAGAGGCAAUUUUACAUGGAUUGAUUAAACUGUAAAUUUAGAA